AUAUUAUGGUGCAGUGCAUUGAUGCUUUGAUUUAUAGGUAGUGUUGUUCUAUCAUAUGGUGAAUUCUUGCAUGCCACUCAGAAUCUUUCCUUGGCUAAAGAGAUUUACCUAAAAGUUAUUCAAGGGGUAGCUGAGAACAAAGAUUUUAGUGACUUAAAUGCCGUAGCAGCUUGUAAUAUGUCAUCUGCGGAAGUAUUGUUGGCAGCCACAUGUGCUUUAGGACAGCUUGAGGCACACAUGGGAAACUUUGGCGACGCAGAACAGAUAUUGACAAGGGCAUUGUCUACAGCAGAGGACCACUUUGGCUCUCACCACCCUAAGGUUGGGGCUGUCUUAACCUGCAUGGCUCUUAUGUUUAGGCGUAAGGCAAUGCAGGAGCGUUCAAGUUCUCUUUUGAUUCAAGAGGGACUAUACAGAAAGGCAAUAGAGUUGCUGAAAGCUCCACAGUUGGAGACUGAUGGUUGCCCCUUUUUGGUAGAUCGAGAAGCAAAGGUAGAUAGACGUGAUAUUGUGGCCCUUGCUAGAGGUGGGUAUGCAGAAGCACUCUGUGUCCAACAGAACAGAAAGGCUGAAGGAGAAAAAAUGAAGACUUGGGCUGAGGCUGCAUGGAGGAACAGUAGGCUGUCACUGGCUGAGGCGAUAGAAAUAUCAAAGUCUUCUUCCAAAGUGCUGGUUAUAGAUGCUCGAACCUGCAGAGCCCUUUAGUUUCUCUUUUUUUCCAGGUUCUGCAGCAAGAGUUCAUAGUACUUGUUCUUGAUACCUCAAAGAAGUGUGGAACUCUCCUAACUCACAUACACUCUACCUCCGGUCCAUGUGAGACAGAUGUCUCAUGUCUGCAUUAUGUAUCCGUCUAUUAAUAUCUGCAGACAUAAUCCAGGCAGUUGCAAUGCCUUCUGACUUGCAUAUAGCAAAGUUGGUCUGGUGUAACAUAAGCUGGUUGACCGAUGAAUGAGCCUUAGAUUGAUCUUUGAUGAGCUCUAAGCUUUGAUGAUUACAGAUCUGUCGUUGAUGAGCCUCGGCUUAGUUCGAGUUUGGUAAAUCUAGUGACCCUGAGACAAUGGAAUGAAGUAUUUCUCCACAUAAUUGGAGUUAGGUGAA